AUGAUGAAUUUGUAUAUGUUGUCCGAUUUAGCAGGAAAGGGGCUAGUUGCAUCACCCAUGAACAAGAAGUACUUGUUCACGGCUGCUGCAUACUGGCGAAUCGUCAAAGCUGCCCACCCUUGGCUGAGCAUUAACUCCCCCGCUUCGUUUAGCGGUCGAGUCGAAUUUAAGCUUGAUCUUUGUAGGGCGUGUAGAAAACUUGUGACAAUAGAGGCUUCAGGUCUGCAGGGAUGGGGACUGUUACAAGAUUGUUUUGUCCUUUUGAAGGGCGGAGGCCUCGUGAUAACUUAUCGGCUUCGUUGUCCGCAGAGGUUACCCUUACCAAGUUUAUAUCGCAAUCCAGUUGGACUAUCGCGAGACUUUCUGUUUCUAGCUGCACCCUCGGUUGUGGUGUUAUCAGUCAGGCAAGAGAAACGGAAACCGGCCAGGCCAGUUUCUAGUCGCAAUUCCUUCAGCAUCAAGAUACCAAGCCGAACCGCUACCGUCUCGGCCCAGGCGAUCGUCCUUCUGGGACGGUCUGAAGGUGUAUCCCAACCUGGUGUCCAUUUAAACUGUGACCAGGCCUUCCCUACUAUGACGCCAAUACCGAAAUCAGUUGAGGCGUCUCCGACCCAUCCUACGUUCUUAACGAUGUGGUCGGGCACUAUUUUUGUUGGGUCUAAGUUUUCCAGGUAG